UUUUUACACCUAAUUUCAAAUAUGAAAGACUUCGAAAUAUAAUAUAUCAAAUAUUUUUUCUCGCAUUGAUUUUCAAACGGUUGUUCGUUAAGAAAAAUAUAUAUAUUUUUGGAUUUUCAUUUUAGAGAGUCGAAACAAUUUAAUUGCAACGAAAUAAGAAAUGGACCCGGCUGAGCUUAUAGAUAUGGCAAAACGAGCCACUGAAUUGAAAAGUGUCAAUUAUUUAGAAGACGUACCACAACCAGAAGCGGCGCCGGUCAAAAAGAAGAAAAAGAAGUUGACCAAAGCACAAAAGCGUGAGUUGCGACUACAAAGGGAGCUGGAGUUUAAGAAAUUGGAGAUAACGGAACAUCUCAAACGUGAGCUCGAAUUAUCUAAACGUUCGGCGAAAAGAGGCAAAGAGGAUUGGGAGGAAAUAUGUCGAGAGAUUAAAAUUGAGGAAUUAAAGACCGAGGUUUUGGAGUGGUCGAAGAAGACCCAUCGUGUUAUGCAACAGAAAGAUGAAAAAGUGCAAAACUUACUUGCUGAUAUAGAGUCCACGCAGGAGUUGCACAAACGGAACUUUGAAAGUCAUUUGCAGGUGUUGGAUUUCGCCAUCAGUUGCUACAACACUUUGCUCGAUGUUUCCAAACAACUCUACGAAUCUGAGGCUCAGCAACUUAUCGAAGAGUUUAAGGACGAACUGAACGCACAUCAAAAGAUACAGGAUGGCUUCCUAGUCAAUUGUGAAAACAUUAUGCACGCCACGAAUUUGGUAGUGGAAAAUCAAAUGCUUACCGACUACGAGAUCUUCGUGGAGAAACAGGAUAACGAAGUGAAUACAGAAAUUGAGAAGCGUUUUGGCUUACGCGACGCGGUAAUCGCCAAAAUGAAAACACUACACAAACAACUAAGCGACUUCAUCAACUCGCUGGUAAAUGUCUCGUUCGACACGAAAAAAUACGAACACAUACACAUGUUGAUGGAUCGUCAACGAAAUUUCGUCACCGAAUCGCGACGUCUGAAUGAUAUUGAAUUUCGGCUGACACGUACAGCCGGCGAAUUGCAACGCGAUUUGGUGCAUAAUGAAGUAGAGGCGCAACGCAAGCUCACGGACUUGCGCCUAGAGCAGGAGUAUUUUUUACAGGUACGCAAAGGUAUCGAACGAAACAUCAAUUACGAUCGGAAUGUCACAUUUCAGAAGUUACAAACGCUCUCUGGCGAAUGUUAUGGCAUGCAGAAGGACUACCAAAAACUGCUUAAAUACGGCGAGCUGUUACUCUCACAUGCUGCCAAUUGCCGAAAAUUACAAACAGAAUCGGAAAAGGUUGUCGCUCCCAAGGAUGAAGAUGAGGCUUCCGUCGAUGAUUCAACAUUUCAACUCGAAGCUCUUAACUUGAAGACACAUACUGAUAUGUCCGAGGAGGAGCUUUUGAAGCACAUGCAUCUAAUGAAAAAUUUUUGGCAUCGUCAAGCGCUCGCUUCCACACAAAAUCUGUUUUUAGCUAAAGAGAAACGUGAACUAUUGGAAGAGAAUCAGAAAUAUAAGGAUUUCAUAAAGCUCAUGAGCAAACGAGAGAACAUUGAUGAUAUGUUGAAAACAUUUACAGUGACGCCGCUGUUAGUGCCGAAGGAGUCGGAAUGUUUGAAAGGAAACUUUUUGAAAUGAUUUGCAAGAAAUUAUGAUACAGCAACAUAGCUUUCUUAUGUACAUUUAUACUUUAAUUGUAAUUUUGGCUUUGUUUUAGAUAUAAUUAAAAAAAAAAAAUCAUUAAAAUAUACAUUUUAA